GUUUAAAUAUAUUUCAACGCGUCACAAUGAACCUUUGAUUUAACUUAAUAGAAUAUUAUUGAUAGUCUCUGGCGUGAAGCAUCCAGGCAGAGAUAUAAAUGAAUGAAUAUUAAUUAUUGUCAGAAUCAGUUGUUAUUAUGAAAUAGUAGUGUACGAAAUAUUUUUCAUCAAAUUGAGUUAAAAAUGGUGACAAUGGAAAACAAGGGUGCAGUAAAGGAAGCGGUGAAUUUAUUGAAGGAAAAACGGGAUCUUGGACUCAAAACUAAAGCUUACUUGAGGAGGUGGAUGAUAUUGUUUGUAUUCAGUUAUUAUGCUUCUGUUAAUUCAAUUCAGUGGAUUGAAUAUUCGAGCAUCACCCAUAUAGUAGUGAAAUAUUACAAUGUCAGCACUUUGGCUGUUAACUGGACCUCUAUAGUGUACUGUGCCGUGUACCCCUUUCUGGUCAUUCCUGCUUCAUAUGUUAUAGAUAAAAAGGGUUUACGAAUGGCUGGUCUAAUUGGUUGUAUCGGCACACUCAUAGGAACAGGUAUAAAAGUACUAUCCAUUAGGAAUGAUCUAUUUUGGGUAGUGUUACUUGGCCAGACAAUAGUUUCUGCAUCUCAACUAGUGAUUAUUUGUCUUCCGCCAAAAAUCGCGUCUGUUUGGUUCAAACCAAAUGAGGUAUCCACAGCGUGUUCUUUGGGAGUUUUUGGAACUCAAAUGGGAUGUGCCAUAGGCUAUGUUUUACCACCGAUGGUGGUGAGAGACAGUGACAACAUUGACGAAAUUGGAUAUGGCUUGAAAGUGUUAUGUUGGAUAUUGACGGCGUCCAUGAUUCCUGUCACUUUAGCAGUCUUAUGCUACUUCCCUGACGAGCCUCCCCUUCCACCAAGCAACGCUCAAGCUAGUCUUCGUGAAGUGAAAAAAGAGUUUGAGUCAUCUGAGUUUUUCAAAUCUGUUAAAAAGCUUUUCCUUAAUAGAGGAUUUGUUACGCACAUGAUUGCCUACAGCAUAAACGUGGGGGUAUUUUCUGCAGUUGGAACCUUAUUGAAUCAGUUCAUUCUCCAACACUUUGAGAAUGCAAAUGAGGAUGCAGGAAUAAUGGGUUUCGUAAUGGUAAUAGCAGGAAUGAUUGGUUCUGUUUUGUUUGGUAUUAUAUUGGACAAAACUCAUAAAUAUAAGGAAAUAAACUUACUUAUAUAUCUAUUAUCGGCGCUGAGUAUUUUGAGUUUGAUGUUUUCAUUAGAAUAUCGAUCGAAAGUAAUGACAUACAUUGGUUGCAUCAUCGUUGGAACAUUCACGAACGCUUAUAUGCCAGUUGGAUUCGAACUCGCAAUGGAACUAACAUAUCCUUCAGAAGAAAGCACCACCACUGGCAUUCUGAUGGCGGGGACUCAGAUUCUUGGCGUGGUAUUCACUGUGGCCUUGGGGUACUUCAACAUGUGGAUGGGAUGCUUUUGGGCAUUGGCUACUCAGAGUGCUUUUCUCUUCCUUGGGACUGUUGUAACAGCUCUCGUACCGAACACACUAUUGAGACAAGAAGCAUAUAAGCUAAAUAAUGUUGGUUUCGACAGAAAAGCAUCAUAUCAUGGAUCAAGACUUGUAUUUAUUGAAUAAAUUAGGAAACGUUGAAUGUUGAGUCUAUGCGGAUUAGCUGUAAUGAACGAACAAAAAUCGCUGAAAUUCGGCAGAGAUAUUUAUUGUCAGUAGGUGCCUCCAAGACAACGCCCAUACAUCCAUU